AUGGUGGUGAUAAGAACUGAUUCUCACCUUCACAGCCCUAUAUAUUUCAUCCUCUUCCAUUUAUCCUUUGUUGAUAUCUGCUAUUCCUCGGUCACAGUGCAUAAUAUGCUGAGGAACUUCCUAGCAGAGCGCAAAACUAUUUCUGUCAUUAGCUGCAUUCCUCAGAUAAUCUUCAUACCCCUCUCAGCUGCUACUGAAGCUUUCAUUCUAUCAGCCAUGGGUUACGACCAUUACGCUGCCAUCUGUGACCCAUUGCGUUAUGUGGAUACAAUGAGCAAAGGGAUCUGUGUUCAGCUGGUAAGUGGUGCAUGGACCAUGGGCUUCUUCUAUGCCCUUCUUAGCACAGUUUUUGCCCUCAAGUUGCAUUUCUGUGGGCCCAAUCAAAUCAGCCAUUUCAGCUGCAAGCUCCCUCCUGUGUUACAGCUGUCCUGCACUGAGACUUUUACCAAUCAAGUGGUGCUUCUUACUUCUAUUGCGAUAUUUGGAUCAAGCUCGUUUCUCUUCAUCCUGAUCGUCUACAUUCACAUCAUCUCCACUAUCCUGAGGAUACGAUCUGUAGAGGGAAGGCGUAAAGCCUUCUCCACCUGCAACUCCCACCUUAUUGUGGUUGGUUUGUUGUACCUGACAGCUUUUUUCCAAUGCACAAAACCCAGCUCUGUCUCUGUUAUUCUGGAUGAAAUAUUCUCCAUCCAGUACAGCGUCUUAACCCCCAUGUUAAACCCCAUCAUCUACAGC